UUCAAAUCCACCAAGCAAGGAGAUGUCGGAGACGAGCAGCACAAAAUCUCCUUCCGAUAAUCUCUUCCCGUCGCUCAUCUCCGACAUCAAAGCCUACAAUGGGAUGGAUCCUCUGCUUCCGUGGCUUCGCGGGAUAAAGAAGCUCAAGGAGACGCUGCCGCCUCAGUUCCUGAAAGAGAAACUCCCUCGAUUUCUCCAGAAAUGCGCCGAGACUUUCAUGACCGACCGCCGUUACUCCAACGAUAUGCGAUACCUCCGCGUUUGGCUGCAAUUGAUGGAUUUUGUGGAGGAACCGAGAGCGGUGUUGAAAACAAUGGAGACGAAUCGGAUUGGGCUGAAAAAGUCGGUGUUUUACCAAGCGUAUGCUCUCUAUUAUGAGAAGCUGAAGAAGUUUGAUGCAGCUGAGAAGAUUUAUCAUCUAGGAGUGCAGAACCUUGCUGAGCCUGCUGAUGAGUUGCAGAAGUCAUACGAGCAAUUUCUCCUUCGGCUGGAGCGAUCAAAGAAUAAGAGAGUUCAGCUACAGGGAGGGAAAACAAGCAAGGGAAGAUUGAACCACAAUGAGGUUAGAAGUUGCAAAGAGAAAUUGCACAAAAUGGAUGGUCAGCCUGCAGAAAUGAGGUGUAAAGAUCAUUUGCUAGGGACAGAAGCUACUAAGUUUGAAAAUACUGGAAAUAAGGUGUCGCUCCGAAGCUCCAACAAUGAAAUGCUCGUGAAAGAAUCAAAUCAUGCCAGUAAUAGCGGAGGACUUGAUGAAGAACUUUACAGAAAGGUAGUUCUAAGUGACUCCGGAGUUGAGGGACAAGAUGGAAACAAAAGGCUCUGUAGUGAUGACACGGUUGUGGUUAGGUUUGUAGAUACUGCGCUUGUUGGGAAAUCCAACGCAGAAGAUGCGCGCCAUCAUGGUCUUGUUGAACCUACGAUUAAUACAAAAGAGGCCAUGAAUGCCAUUAAUAGCAUGUUCCAGGAGCCGUUAGAACCAUCAAUCUCGGGCAGGUCAAGAAGAAACAAGUCUAGUAUUGGUAACAAUGUAGAGAAUGGAUUUAGUGUUUUCAGUGAUGAAAGCUUAGAGUCGAAGCAGAACUCUCCAGAUGUUCCAUCGCUGCCCCAACUGACACCACCUGACACUAGUCAGCCUCUGGGAGAAUCAUUUGAAAUAUACGUGGAUGGAGAGGAAACUGUUGAUGUUAAAGAGAUAGCAAAUGGGAAAGGUAUACCAGCUCGAGAUACUAAUCCUGUUGACAUAUCUACUAGCCAUGCUACUGUGUUUGCUAGACCAAAUGAUCACCCUUCUGCAUUAAAGGACCCGAAUUAUAGGAGGCCAAUCCGGGAGGAUACAGCAGUUUAUAGAUUUGUAGGUUCAACCAUUUCUGAUGAACCGGAGGUAGAGAAUGCUUGGCACCAUGGCCUUGUAGACCCCACCAUUAAUCUGAAGGAGGCUAUGCAAGAUAUCAAUAGCAUGUUCGGAAAGCCAAUUGAAUUUACAAGGAAAAGAAGGCCAAGGAAACACGUCGAAUCACCUGAAGUGAAAGAUCAUAGUGGAGGGUUUCUCAUACUUCCUGAUGAUGAUGAACCAGAGGAUACAAAGCCUGAUCCUGCUAGUGGUUUCUUUCGAAAACCUAUGGCUUCGAAAUGUAACCCUGAUCAGAGCCGAAACAAAAUGCCAGAAGAUAUGAACAAUCAGACUGGGUUUCUAAUCCUUCCUGAUGAUGAAGAAGAUAACCAACAAGAGAGCUCCUUGCCAAGUUCGUCUACAAGAAACAACAGUGAUUUGUUUGAACAAACUGUGUGCACCAAAGAGGCAAUGGAUGAAAUCAACAAAUUGUUUGCAAUGCCAAUGGAUUUUUAAAAGCAGAUGACGCUGAUGGUGGCCGCUUUAAUAGGCUUAGCUCCGUUCAGGUGCCACGACCCAUAGUUCUCACAGCUCUGGCAGUAGACGAGGCCUUCCACCACCACAUCAGCCACCUUCGCUGCUGGCUUUG